AUGGAAAACAAAAAGAAACAUGCUGUAGAAUAUCUAUCAAGUGAUAUUUUAGAGAAAAACUUCAUCAGAUCAUUUUCUCCGUUUUAUGUCGUGCAAAUGAUAAUAGGAUCAUCCCGUGUAGAUAUUCGAGACAGAUUUGUGAGUUCUCCAUCGAGGAGACAAAAAGUUGUAGUUGUAUUUUCCGUGAUUGUCACUCUAUUGCUAUACAUUCAUGUCAUACUUAAUUAUACUUACAACAAAUUUGAAAAAUAUCCUGCGAUGUACGCCAUAACUACAUGCUGUACGGCUACAUACUAUUUCACAUUUCUUUGCAAUAUGAUACACGUAAGAUUUGUAAACGCAAAUGCAAAUCGAAAAUUUUAUUUAUUGCUCCAAGAAAUUGAUCGCAUCAUGAAAUUAGACCAAAAUGAAAAAAUCUAUAGUUUAUUUUUUUUAAAUAAUUUCACCACUGUAAUGACUUCUUCUAUUUUCUUAUCAGUCGCAUUUUUCGUAGCUAUUUAUCAAAAUUUUAUUCAGAUUUUGGGGUUCACUGGAAUAUUGUAUAGCAUAGUAUGCUGUAUUGUAGAGUGGUUAUGCUGCGCAGAUUUACUUAUUUAUUUCUUUUUGCGUGUACGCUUCAUUAAUGCUAUAAUUUUAAAUCACAUCAAAGGCGACAUUAAAAUAAUUAAAGCAAAAAAUACCUUCAAGUUUUCCAUGACCUAUGUUUCUAUGCGCCGAAUAGCAUUAGAAACACAUAAUUUUAAAACCAGCAAUACCGAUGUAUACCUGAAAGCAUUAUUUGAUGGAUAUUUGUCAUUUCAACAUCAUUGCCGAUGGCAAGCUUUACAAUGGUUGGAGAUAGUAGCCUUACCCACAGCGAUUGGUAUAUGCCUUAUCUUGGGUACAAUAAUUUGUGCCCGAUGUGAAGUAUUCUUUAGAGAAGUGCAACAGACAAAGCGAAUAUGUAUUACUGUAUUAUCACAAAACUGUGAGGGACCUCUACGCGUUAAAGCUAAGAAUAUGUUGAAAAUGAUUGAAAAUCGUCCACCGCAAUUUUCUGUUUACAACAUGUGGUGUGUGAACGCUUCGUCAAUGCUCAAUAUGAUAAAUAUAAUUACUACAUUAGCUGUAGCUUUACUGCAAUUCGCUUUUCUCUAGAAAUAUUAUAAAUAAAAUCAGUCAAGUGCUUUGUGCGUAUGCGCCAUUAAGGAUUCCAUACAAAUAAGCUAAAAAGCAACUGUAAUAAAAAAAAUUG